AUGGAGGUGGUAACCGGUGCCAUUGGAAGCCUGCUCCCCAAGCUUGGUGAGCUGCUCGUGGGUGAAUACAAGCUGCAGAAGGGUGUCAGGAAAGAUGUCGAGUCCCUCCAGAGGGAGAUGAAGAGCAUGAACGCUGCCCUUGUCAAGGUGGCGGAGGUGCCGAGGGACCAGCUGGACAACCAGGUCAUCAUCUGGGCUGACGAGCUCAGGGAGCUAUCAUAUGACAUGGAGGAUGUCGUUGACAACUUCCUGGUGUGCGUCGAGGGAUCUGAAUCCGAUGUUGUCACCGACUCAAACAAGCUCAAAGGGCUAAUGGCGAAGAUGGCCAACUUGUUCACCAAAGGCAAGACUCGGCAUCAGAUCGCCGAUGCCAUGAAGGACAUCAAUAACCGCGCCCAAGAGGUGGCUGACAGGCGUAACAGGUACAGGGUUGAUGAUGUUGUUGCCAAUGCAGCUGGCAAACACAAGGUUGACCCUCGUGUGCUGGCAUUGUACAAGGAUCAGAAAGAGCUUGUUGGCAUUGAAGACGCACGGAAUGAGCUAACCAAGAGGCUCACAGAUGGUGAUGGUGAUGGCGAUGUUCCUAAGCAGCAACCCAAGAUGAAGGUAGUCUCUAUUGUUGGACCUGGAGGGCUUGGUAAGACUACACUUGCUAAGGCAGUGUAUGAUAGGCUUCAAACACAAUUUGAAUACACAGCUUUUGUUCCGGUGGGUCGAAACCCUGAAGUGAAGAAAGUUCUCAGGGAUAUCCUCUUGGAACUUGACAAGAGUGAGCGUAUUGGUGAUGUAGCCACACUGGAUGAAAGACAGCUCAUCGACAAACUCCGACAACGACUUGAGAAUGCAAGGUACUUAAUUGUCAUUGAUGACAUAUGGGAUUUAGAAGCAUGGAAAAUUAUCAAAUGUGCUUUCAUUGAUAACAAUCAUGGGAGCCGAGUAAUCAUAACUACUCGUAUUCUCGAUGUUGCCACAAAUACCGGUGAUAUUUACAAGCUAAAACCCCUUUCUCAACAUUUGUCUCAAGAAUUAUUCUAUACAAGAUUGUUUGGUGGUAAAGAUAAAUGCCCUUUUGAUCAACCAGCUGAAGUAUCAGACAAAAUUUUACAGAAAUGUGGAGGUGUGCCAUUAGCUAUAAUUACAAUAGCUAGUUUGUUGGCAGGUAAACCAAUGGAGGAUUGGUCUAAAGAAUUCAACUCCAUUGGUUUUGGAUCUGGAGAUAGCAACACAGAUGUAGAGAACACGAGGAAGAUAUUAUUAUUUAGUUAUUAUGAUCUACCUUAUUAUCUAAGGUCUUGUCUGCUGCAUCUGAGUGUAUACCCAGAAGACCAUUUGAUCAGGAAAGACAAACUGAUAUGGCAGUGGGUCGCCGAAGGUUUCGUCAGUGAGGAACCAGGGGUAAGUUUAUUUGAGACCGGUGAAAGGUACUUUAAUGAACUUGCAAAUAGAAGCAUGAUUCAGCCGGUAGAGCAUCGAGUAACGUACGCAAUAGAUGCUUGUCGUAUUCAUGAUAUGGUGCUGGACAUGAUUUGUUUAUUAUGA